GGCUCCAAAAAAAUAGUCUCUCUCUCUCUCUUUCUAUCUAUCAAGUCGGCGAGAUGUAUAUAAGGAAACUUGCAACCAACGCGUAUUUAGCAGGUAAUAGCGCACCAAACUCCGAGAACUCAAAAACGGUUGCUUGCACGAUCUCUCAAGUUGUCAAGCAAAACUGUUUUCAUAGAUUUCAGUUGCCUUUUGUUUCCUUCGCUUUCUUCUAAAGCACAGUUGGAGUUUUGGCACAACAAAGGGUUGUGUAUUCCAUUCAUUGUUUCUGUUCACUUUGCACCUAAUUAAUAGCUGAGCAGAGCAUCAGUCUACCAAUGACCCCCAAAUCGAAUGAGUCAGAUGCAAGUAAUUCAAGAAGGCACUCGAUAGGAAAGGCCACUUCUUCAGGAAGCGGAGAGAAUAUCCUUCCUCACUAUCUCCGAGCUUCUACAGGUUCCUGUCAUGAUUUCUGUAAAUAUGGGAGGAAACAUGCAUUUGAAGAGAAAGCAAGGCGUCCAUUUCUAAGAAGGAAUGCAAAGAAACCACCUGAUGAACAAAGCUCUGUAGAGUUUCAGCCAGAGAGAAAUAACACGUCAAAGGAUAAGCACAAAAUUGGUAACUAUACUCCACCAAAUACUCCAGAGAGCAUAAAGACGGAAAUGUCUAGAAAAUUACUCAACAGACAAACUCCUGCAACAAGUGAAGUUAUGGGUGAGAAGAAGGCAUCAUCAGGGGUGUUGUUGACGAAAUCAGCUGACAGGCAAAGUCCAGUGUUGAGGGAAGUUCUGGCCAGGAAGAAGACAGUGGCAAAGGAAGUGUUAACAAAAUCAGUUGACAGCCAAAGUUCAGUAUCAAGUGAAAAUUGGGCUGAGAAGAGUAAGAAAUCAACCCAGCAGAGGAAGAAGACAACAGCAGUUGAGCUCAGAACUUCAUCUGAAUCUAAAACCCGUUUAUCCCCAAAAAUAAUGAAACUGGAAAUGUCAUCAUCUUCUGAAAAGCUAGAGGUCUCUUCGAAACAUGCUUCAUCAAAAGUUAAAGAAGAAAACAUGUCUGCAAAACAUGCUAGUUUUCCAGAGAUGAAAUUGUCUUCUUCUGAUUCUUCGAGAGUAUUAGAUGUCAGAGAAAACAGUGAUACUAAAAUAGGGCGGAGGACAGUGACAUCUGAAAUAGCUGUAAAGAGAGAACAGAUACCCCCAAGAGCUUUGCUGUCCCCUAAAAUAUCCAGCGGUGGAAAUGCAAGAGGACUGGCAUCCCCAAGAGCUUCCUUGUCCCUCAAGCCUACUCUCAGAUUACAGAUGUCUCCGAGAGUUUUGUUGUCCCCUAAAACUUCCAGUGGUGGAAUUGUGAAAGGACAGGCAUCCUCAAGAGCUUCCUUGUCCCGAAAGCCUUCUCCCAGUAAAGUUUCAAACCUAAAAGCAAGAAAGCAUUGGGGCUCAGAAAUCGCACCUCCACUGAAGAAUCAGAACAAGAUUGGCAAGGCCAAUAAUGAGCAUCCCAAGAUUAAGAAUGCUGAUUCUGACCAAUCUACUGAAGGACUUAGCAAUGAUGUGGUCGAGGAGAAAACCCUGUAUGUCAUCAAAAUGGAAACCGAAUGCAAAUGUUUGGAGUCUGAUCAUAAGGAAAAUCAUUCUGGUGAAUUAUCUCCACCUCCAUUUUUGUCAGCCAAGUCUCCAGUCCUCUCAGAAUCUCCUUUGUUCUCAUCUCAUAACGAAGAAGAUGAACAGGAAUCUGAGUAUGCUGUAACUGAAGCAGAAGAUGACCCUCUCUCUGAAUGUGAUGAAACGGAGUACAUGGAAGAGUCUGAUACUUUGGAAGGGGGAUGCAAAGGAUUGCAGCAGAAGGUUGGGAUAAUUCCUUCUGAGGAUAAGGAUGACCAAGCCGUGAAAUUACAAUUCAGGAGGGGAAAGGUGGUUGAUGUUCAGACUAAUCAUAAUGGUCCUAGGAGGCUCAAAUUCAGGAGAGGAAGAAUGUUGGAGGAGAACCGAAAUCUCAAAGCUGAAGCCCAAAGAAGCUUCAAGAGGAGAGGAACUGAAGGCCACGCAAACAUUGAGAAGCCUGAUUCAGAAAAGGUUGUUUUGAGACAUCAAGAUGUGCAUGGCAAGAAAGAUGCGCAGGGUCUGUUUAAUAAUGUCAUUGAAGAAACAGCAAGUAAACUUGUUGAAACCAGGAAAAGUAAGGUUAAGGCCUUGGUUGGUGCUUUUGAAACAGUGAUCUCGCUCCAAGAUAGCAAACCAUCUUCAAACACUGUAUCAUGAGUUGGAAGGCAAAAAAUAAAAUAAAAUAAUAAAGUAAAUAAUUUUUUUUUAAAGUCAAAAUAAAUAAGACAGGAAAAAGAAAAUGCUUUGAAGUGCACGUUCUUUCAUUAACAGUCUUUUGGUUUUUGCAAAGGAAUGGUGGGAAAAUAAACCUAAGCUUGUAAGGAGAGAAGUGCAAGUUUACAAGUUUAUGAAGUUGCAGAAGGAUAAAAGUAGAUUGCUUCUGUUGACAUUAGACAACCUGGAUGUAAAGUUUGACAAGAAGUCCUGUGAGUAUUGAUCUUGACAUGCUUCUCGUGUUUUCUUUGAGGGUAUGCAUCUUCUCCCUUUUAUUUUGUACUUGAUGUGAUUUGUUUCUAUCUGUGAAUGAGAAAAAAUGUAGUUUGAUCAGGAAAAGAGAGCUACACAACCGGUUUUAAUCCUUGUAUGAUUUGGGGGAUGUUGCUUUUUAUCAUUCAAUGCAAUGUCUAAUCCUGUUUUUUUU